AUGAAAAAUAAAGAACAUUCAUUAUGUCAUAUAAAAAGUGAUGCUUUUUUGCAGAAUGAAAAUGAAGAAUUUUUAUAAUAAAUAAAUUAUGAUAAAGAGGAUAAAGUGGAUUGGAAAAUAGAUAUACAUGUAAAAACAUUAUUCAAAAUUGAUGAUUUAUAUGGAGAUGGAGUUCUAAUCAAAACUAUGAUGUAUAGAAGUAAAAAUACAGCAAAACCAGAAAAAGUAUCAUUAAUAGAUUUUGAUAUGUGGAUUUAUUCGAUGUCAAAUGAUCCUUACCCAAAAAAAGAAAAUCUCUUAUAUUCAUCUACAGAUGAAGAUCCUAUUUAUGAUAGAAUAGAAGCAUAGAAACAUAAUGAUGAAGAUGAAGAACCUAGUAAAGGAAGUUUAUCCCUUUUUAUUGAUGAUCUAAAAGUAUCAAAACUCAUGAGAUUAGCUCUCUUAAGAAUGAAAAAAAGAGAAUUGAGUAUCAUUAGAUGUUAUGAUACAAAAGAUCUUAUUAAGAAUGGAAUAGAUUAUGAAGGAAUGAAAGGAAUGAUUCAAAAAGAACUCAUUUAUGUUAUAUAUGUUCAUACAUUCAGUGAAGGUAAAAAUAAUUUCAGUAUGACAAUCGACGAAAAAAUAGAAUAAGCUAUUAGGAAGAAAUAAAUAGGAUUAAAAUGGAUAUCAUAAUAAAAUUAUAGAAAAGCAUUAAAAGUGUUUAAAACUAUCAAUGCUUAUUUUGAUUAUGGAACUUUCUCAGAGGAUGACAAAGAAAAAAUGAAAGAAGUAUUUUAAUUAUAUCUAUAUAGUUUUAAAUUUCAUCACUUCUAAAUUCUUCUUUAUGUAUGAUGAAACUCAAAGAAUGGAAAGAUAUGAAAAUUGUAUGUGAAAAACUAUACAAAUUAGAUAACAAAAAUCAGAAGAUAAUCUAUAGAUAUUGUUUAGCCCUAAUGAAUCUUUAUGAGUAUGAGGAAGCUUUGGAGAUCAUUACAGAAGAAAAUGAAGAUCUAAUCAAACUUAAGAGAGAAAUUAAAUAGCUAUAUUCUUAAUACAAAAAUAAAGAGAAAUUAAUGUAUUAGAAAUGGUUAUCUUGA